CCUGACUAACUCGUCACGGCGCGAUUCUCAACACAAGUUGAACAGAUUUUACGUUACUCGUCGACGUUAGAUCGAAAGUUUUACGAGAUUUCUACCUUUUUCUUUCCACAAUGAUCAACACUAACGUUGAGAUCAGACUUCGAAAGGUACUUGGAAGGUUCAAGAGGGAUGAAUUUGUCAAACAUUUGAGGGAGUGGGGUUCGAUUCCAUCUGGUUGUUUGAAGGAAGUGGAGACGGUUGUUGCAGAGAAAAGCACCCGCAAAGCUCUCGUUGAACGGAUAGUGCAACUUAGCAACAUCAAGCAUCUCACAACCCUGGAUGUUGCUCAACUUGACCUCAUCUACCAUCAAAAUCAUCCAAACAACAGAAAAUGGAGUGUCUUCCAACUCACCAAGCAGCCAGAACAAAAUGAGAAGCACGUUGUGACCUCACCUGACGCUUUCCGAGAACGACUUGGAAAACAGCUUUCAUUUUAUUUUAAAAAUGACCUGUGUCUGAGGACGCGCGGCGAUGCCUGGUGGCUGCGGCUCGGCAUCCAGGAGGGGUCCCAAGCCCAGCGACUGUCCCCUGGUAACGUGGUCUACAUGGUGCACCAUCCCCACUCCCAGUACAUCAUCAUGUCCAGCAUCAAAGUGUCCCAUAAAGACUUUGUCAUGCAGGCAUUACUAAACAGCCUCCACUGCAGUGAGAUCCGUGAGAUCCAGCUGACGGGUCGCGACCUGGACUCUCUGGCUGCGUUAGCGUUGCAUAGCAACAGCCAGGGCUGGUUCUCACAGUUCAGGCUGGGUCAGGUGGACUCCAAUCCACUGUCCAAGGGGCCGUCCAGAAAAAGAAAAGCUCCAUCAGAUGUGCCAGAUACAGAUGUUGUCUUUGAGAAUCAGAAGGACAAGGACCAUCGUGAGCAGCAGAUCCUCCAUGCCUUCGGAUCCAACAGGCAGCCUAAGCUGCAGAAGAUAGAAUACAAGUUGGAAACCAGGUUUCGCGGCUUCGAGUUUGCCCCGGCCAUGUCGCUCCACAAGGAACCGUUCCAUUGCCGCGUCAAGUUUGAGGGCUCCAGCGUUCUGGAGGGCAUCAAGGAGUUGGGGAGGGCGGGGCUUACUGCGUUACCCCUCCCCCAUCACCUAGCCAAUGUGCACUCGCUGGCCAAAAACCACUUUGUCCUGGCCGACAAGAAGCGAACGAGGCCAGAACAGAAGUGAAAAGUUCUGACAGACUGCAAACAAAACCAAUUUUUUUUUACAUGGAUGUACUCUGUAGACAAGUACUGCUUCACUUGUUUACAAAGAAUGAGUCCGGGGGAAAAAUUUGGUGGGGGACACUAAUGCAUUGCCUCACACUAAAUUCACACUACACCAGCCCAGCUGUGUUCUGCGCCACAUCACGCAGUACGUGCGACACGCGUGCCACUCUCUAUAUAUGGAGUUGUUUACAACUUCUAGCUGGCUUGCACCCAUUCACGGAUGUGUAACCGAUUGCAAACAAAAUGUGGAAGAUGGUAGAUUGAGGCAGUAUUUGAAAUAUGCCAGGUUUGUUCCAACGAUGGUCGGCCGACCAUCGUUUGAAAUUGAUACAAAAAUUCCACUUUUCUUGAAAAUGACAGCACACCAGAUGCCACGAUUUCAAAGAAUGCUUGAGACUGUUAUUCACUUA